AUCUUAGCUAUAAAAUUUAAACCACCUUUUUCUGAAACUCGUCGCCGUACAGGAGAUAAUUAUAUUCAUCAUGAAAUUUAUGAAAUUAUUGAAACUAAUACUUUUUGGGAUCAAAUUAAAGAUUUAGUUAAAAUUCUUACACCAUAUUGCAAGUUACUUAAUAUGUUUCAACAAAAUAAAGCUCAUUUAUUUGAAGUUACUUUUACAACACAAUUAAUUAGAAGACUUGAACGACGUUGGAAUGAAUGGGAACAGCCAAUUUUAUUAUUAUCAUUAUUCUAUUUUUGGAAAUUGGCUAAAUUAUUAUUAUCAUGCAUGGGCAGGCCAAGACCAAAAUGUAUUCUUAGUGAAUUUAAUAAUUUUUGUUUAAAAAAUUCUCCUUUUGAUGAUAAAACUUAUCAACAGUUUGAAGAUGAAGAUGUUUUAUCUUAUUGGUGUUAUGUCAAAGAUGCAACUAAUGAAUUAGGACUUGUGGCGUAUAGAAUUUUCAGUAUUUGUGUUAAUGCUGCUUCAGUAGAACGAUUGUGGAGCU